AUGCCAAUCGCUAAUCUAGACUCAUCUCCUAAUGCCAAUCUUUGCUCUGGAAUCAGACAUGUCAAAGGUGUUGUUGUGUUUGUCAUGAGUAACAAGUGGAGAGUGUUUUUCACUCUCAUAAUGCUUAGUGUUGGUAGCAUUGUUUUGAUGUACUUCUUGUACAAACUACUUUUUACCGAUUCUGUGCUCGCCGCAAUGGCUCUGUCUUCUGCUGCAACCGCUAUCAUGAUUUUCAUGUCUAUUGCAAGCAUCAUCCGUCGCGGUUUACGGUUUGUAUUCAGGAGAGCUUAA